AGCCUGGGCGACAGAGCAAGACUCCGUCUCAAAAAAAUAAAAAAAUAAAUAAAGCUCUAUUUUCCCAGUUAAUAUUUGAGAUAUUUCAGAAAUAAAUGUACUACUCUUCAUGAAUCCAUAAUUUGUGGGCAGAAUCAUCUUUCUGUUUUCUCACGUCUGGCUUUAUUUUCACUUUAGAAUUAGUGAUCUUAAAACUUUAGAGUUAGUCUCAUCCAUGGUUUAAAGUUGCAUGUCAAUUUACGUAGAAUUUUACUGAAGACAGCAUUAGCUUAAUUCAUAAAAGAUAUGUGGAGCUUCAGCUAUAUACAAGGCAUUGCCCUUGGCAUUGAUGGGAUAAAGAUGAAUUAGACAUAGACUCUACCCUCAAGUAGCUUAAAAGAUUAAAAAAAUAAGAAAUUGUUAUAAGAAGCUAUUUAAAAACUUGGUAAGAUUCUUCUUGUAUAACAUUUACCAAUCUGUCAUCUUAACCAAGUUCCAUUUUGUUAUGUGACCGUAAAAAUAAGCUGUAAAAUAUAUAAAAUGAGAUGGGUACAUAGGGGUUUGUCCUAAUUUUGCCGUUUCCCUUGUUGAUGCUAGACUCGUUACAUUAGGAUAGAUGGAGGUGUUUCAUCUUCGGAAAGAAUACAUCUGGUUAAUCAGUUUCAAAAGGAUCCUGACACUCGUGUGGCUAUCCUAAGCAUUCAAGCUGCUGGCCAGAGAGUUCCAGAAAGUAUAAUAGAAAGAGGCCUUGACGUCUUUGACACAGAUCUCCUAAAUUUUCAAGGAAAGUAUGUCUUUGAAAGAAUAUACUUUCAAAGAAGAGUAAGAAGUGUAUAGUUAAUUUGAUUGUAAUCUUUUUGCGUGACCUUUUUUCCUUCCUUUGAAUUUGUAUAGGCUUUUCUCAUACCUGUCUCAUAUCCAACCCCUCACUUACUUGAUUAGGUUUGAAGGCAAGUAAACAGAAAUUCAGAUUAAGACUGACUUAAAUACACAAAGUUUAAUUCUCUUAUGUAGACAGUCCAGGCCUAGCAUGAUGUUUGCACAAAGUCCUUAGGACCUACACCCCUUCUCGCUUUCUGCUUUAGCACUCUUAGCAAGUAUCUCUUAUCUAAAAGGGCUGCUAGAGCUUCAUCAUAUCUGCAGUUCAAGCAGCUGCCUGAAGAAAAGCACACUGCAUCUCACUGUCUUGUAGUUAGUCCCACAACCACACCUAAUUUCAAGGGAAGCUGGGAAGAGUAUCCUUUUUUCCAUGUAGCUCCGCUAAAAAUUGGGUGUUAUGUUACAAAGGAAUAAGAGAAGGAUAGAUAUUAGGGAAAGUAAUGGCAGUCUCUGCCACAGUAGAUAAGAGGGGAUCUUCUGGACUGUUUUUCUGCUAACAUUCUAAAAUAUUUUGUUGUAAAUGUCUAAGCUAGGAUAUUUAACAUAGGGAAAAGUAAUUGAGCAUACUGCUGUUCAACCAAGCUGAUACAUGCCAAAGAUCUGCUUUUACCCAGCUAAUUAAAAUAUAUAAAAUUGUAUACAGAGAGAAACUUUUAUGAGGAUGAAGCAGUUCCACAAUUCACUGGGAGUUCUAACCAAAAGGACGGUUGUCUCAAUGCUUCCCUCACGUUCAGUUAACCUUCCAAUAAUCGGAGUUAUUUAUCUGUUAGACUAUUCCAACCAUAGAGAAUAUCAUCAAAAAGGGCUUAGAAUUAGAAAUGAAGUACUUAGAGCUAGGGAGGUGCUAAGUAGGAGAAAGCCAGACGGGAGAGUCUAGGACCUUUUGAAAUUAAUAAUGUAUGGGGCACUUACAUUUUAUUCAAAGCUGUUUCUGAAGACCUUAUAUAAAUCAAGACUCAUAUACUUUAGGACUGAUAUCUCCAUAGGAAUAAAGGAAAGUAGAAAGGUCUUUGUUCUUGGUACUGUGAAUCUUACAUUAUAGUUUAGCAGCUGCUUAGAGUGAUAUUGAUCUUGCCAGCAUAUUUUCCCUUUAUGCUUGUAUAGUCAAAUGAUGCUUUUUAUAAAAUUAAAGAUGUCUCUCUUUAAAAACUACUUUUUAUUGUUUCUGCAUUAUUUCUAAUAUUCUGUGGCAUUUUCAGUCCUAAAUAGCAGCAUAGUUUAAUAUGUGUCUCUGUAUUUUUAUUACCUCUAACUUCUUUUUCAGAGACUGAUUUUCAGUAAGUUUUUCAGCUUGAGAACUAGUACCACCAUUUAAUUAAUGCUAGCAUGAUUUUGUUAUGUGACAUGAAAAUAUUUUAAGUGAAAAUAACAUAUCAAAAUAAUAGCAGUCACAAAAGUCACUCACAGGAGUUUGGUGCGUGUGAACAACAAACAGCAUUGAUUAAAUAAUACUCUGAAAAAAUGGCAGACAUUUCUGUUUACCACCUAAUGUCAUUUUACUGCUAUAUGGCUAUAGCAUAAGCAUGGUUCACAUUUCAUUCAGCCUACCAACAUUAAAGUCAUGCAUUUUUUGACACAUUGUUUAGUUUGACACAUUUUUUAGUUUGAUGGUUUUGCAUUAUUUCAUAUAUUGAUUAUAAAGCAAGACUUAGUUAAUGUUUUUAUGUCACACUAUUUGAAAUUCAUGAAAAUGCAGUUGUACAGAAAAUGCAAUUGCAUUGUAUAUAUUGAGACAUAGGCAGUAGAUUUCAGCUCUUUGGAAUAUAACAUGAGAAAUAUCACAGGAAGAAAAUGGUAUAACCAGAGACAUUUUUUUCUUGCUUUAUAACAUGACAGUGUGAAUUAAAUGAAGAGGAUGUAAAUGCUGUCUGCCUAGUUGCUAUAGAUACCAUAUGUUGGAAAUUGUAUUCUCAUUUAUAAAGUAUUUUAUUAGAUUUUCCAGUGGUAAUGUGAAUCCAUUCAUCAUCAGAGAAUAAAGUGAUUUAGUUUAUAUACUUCCAUCAAGCUGACUUUUGAAAUUUUGAAAUACCUUUCAAAUGUGUUUUUUGUAGUUCACCUAGCUAUGCUAUGUUGCAUUAAACAUUCUUCAUUUGCCUUUCAUGAAUUAAAUCUUAAUUUGGCCUAAAAUAAACAACUAAUUUGUUUUCAGGUCCUUCAGUGUUCUCCAUUUAACAUGUUCAGAAAGACUUUAUUAUAUAUGGCUGUAUGUUACAUUCUCAAUUUAUUUGCAUCUCAAUUUAUUUGCUUUAUUUCACUUAGGGAUUAACAUUUACUGCGGCAAGUCAUGUUGUAUUUGCUGAGUUGUAUUGGGACCCAGGACAUAUAAAACAAGCAGAAGACCGAGCUCACAGAAUUGGCCAGUGCAGUUCUGUGAAUAUUCACUACCUUAUUGCAAAUGGAACUCUAGACACCCUUAUGUGGGGAAUGUUGAAUCGCAAGGCUCAAGUUACAGGGAGCACACUGAAUGGUAGGAAGGAAAAAAUUCAGGCUGAGGAAGGUGAUAAGGAAAAAUGGGAUUUCCUGCAGUUUGCUGAAGCUUGGACUCCAAAUGACAGUUCUGAAGAGUUAAGGAAGGAAGCUUUGUUCACUCACUUCGAAAAAGAAAAACAGCAUGAUAUUCGAUCAUUUUUUUUACCACAACCUAAAAAAAGACAGUUGAUGACCUCCUGUGAUGAAUCAAAGAGAUUCCAGGAGGAAAAUACUGUAGUGUCAUCAGACCCUACAAAAACAGCUGCAGGAGAUACCGUCGAUUAUGAAAGUGAUGUUGAACCUGAAACUAAAAGAUUGAAAUUGGCCGCCUCGGAUGACCACUGCAGUCCCUCGGAAGAGACACCAUCCCAGUCCAGGCAAAUCAGAACUCCACUCAUGGAAAGUGUCCAGGAGGCCAAGGCCCAGUCAGCCACCCCAGCCUUUCCUGUAGAGGGCUGGCAGUGUAGUUUCUGCACAUAUAUCAAUAAUUCAGUGUUACCUUAUUGCGAAAUGUGUGAGAAUCCUCAAGGCAGUGCUGUUAUGCAAAUAGAUAGCCUCAACCAUAUCCAGGAUAAAAACGAGGAUGAUUCUCAGAAAGACACCUCCAAAAAGGUUCAAACUAUCUCAGACUGUGAAAAACAAGCCCUUGCACAGUCAGAACCUGACCAGCUGGCUGACAGCAAGGAAGAGACAUCAAAAAUUGAGAAAGAAGAUGGACUUACAUCCCAGCAAGGUAAUGAACAGUUGAAGAGUUCAGACACUUUGCCAGUGUAUGACACCUUAAUGUUUUGUGCAAGUAGGAAUACUGACCGGAUUCACAUCUAUACUAAGGGUGGAAAACAGAUGAGCUGUAAUUUCAUUCCUUUGGAUAUAAAAUUAGACCUUUGGGAAGAUUUACCAGCAAGCUUUCAGCUGAAACAAAAUCGCUCACUGAUUUUGAGAUUUGUUCGAGAAUGGAGUAGUCUAACUGCCAUGAAGCAAAGAAUAAUCAGGAAAAGUGGACAGCUAUUCUGUAGCCCACUUCUUGCUUUGGAAGAGAUCACAAAGCAACAAACCAAACAAAAUUGCACCAAAAGAUACAUAACCAAAGAAGAUGUUGCCAUAGCUUCAGUGGAUAAAGUGAAGAAUACUGGGGGCCAUGUCCGUCUGAUCACAAAGGAGUCCAGGCCACAGGAUCCUUUCACAAAAAAAUUUCUUGAAGAUGGAGCCUGUGUCCCAUUUCUAAAUCCAUACACAGUGCAGGCAGAUCUCACUGUGAAGCCCUCUACAUCCAAAGGCUAUUUGCAAGCUGUGGAUAAUGAAGGAAAUCCACUUUGCCUUCACUGUCAGCAACCCACUUGCCAGACUAAGCAAGCGUGUAAAGUGAACGCUUGGGAUUCACGGUUUUGCUCUCUGAAAUGUCAGGAAGAGUUUUGGAUUCGAUCUAAUAACAGCUACCUGCGAGCCAAAGUAUUUGAAACUGAACGUGGUGUGUGUCAGCUCUGUAAUGUGAAUGCACAAGAACUCUUUUUACGUCUGAGAGAUGCCCCUAAAAGUCAGAGGAAGAAACUUCUGGAUGCUACCUGGACUUCAAAGCUCCCAUUAGAACAGCUAAAUGAAAUGAUAAGAAACCCAGGGGAAGGACAUUUCUGGCAGGUGGAUCACAUCAAGCCAGUGUAUGGGGGAGGAGGACAGUGUUCCCUGGACAACCUGCAGACUCUCUGCACAGUCUGUCACAAAGAGAGAACUGCCAGACAAGCUAAGGAAAGAAGCCAGGUGAGAAGACAAUCUCUAGCAUCAAAGCAUGGAUCAGACAUCACACGAUUUUUGGUGAAGAAGUAAAGUAGAAAAAUAUAUGAAUGAAUGACAAAUGUUGUACAUGUGGAAGACUUUAAUACAAAAGUUUUCCAUGUUUGUUUAAUAUAUUAAGGGUAAAAAUUUUCUGAACAAAAAUCAAGAACUCAAAUUCUCUUGUACUAAUUAUUUUAGUGUUAAUUACAUUUUGAAAGUACUUAACAGAAACUAAGAUACAAUACUAAAUAUUUCUGUGGCCUUUUUGAUUUGAUGCAGACUCGCAAUUAUGUUUCAGCAAUGUUUUGUUAAGCUCUUUACCCCUAAUAUGCCUAAUCAUUGUAUUGUGCAUAGAUGGUGUUUAAAAAAUGUACUCUAAAUUACCUAAAAAUGCUUCUGGAUUAGUAUUGUUCUGGACUGUCAUGGGUAUGAAUGGAACAUUGCAAAACCUCAUGGGAAAUUUCAGACACAAAUCAUUAUUUGGGAAUUCUGGGCCAAGCAUUACCAGCUUGCUUAGGAUUCAAGAGAGAUUGUACACUGAAUACCUCCAGAAUGAGCUUGGGGUACACAUUUUGGGUGUUGCUUUUCUUGCUUUUUUAGCCAGUCAUCUUUAUCAAAAAUAUCCUUUUCAAAAUGAAAUACCUAUGGUGUUUGCGGACAAUUUGGGGGUUCUGUGUAAAGUAAUUGUUAAAACUAUUAAAUAACUGAAAACAUAAAAUGUAAAA